AACUCGCAAUGCUGGCUCUGCUCUGGUUCGGGCUGGCCGGGAGUUUUCUCUCUGCUCUGCUGGCCCUCCGUUUGCUGGAGCCUCCUCCGCCUGGAGCCUCUUCUCUAAGCCUGGCGGGUGUCUUCCAGGAUCUCCUCCGAUAUGGGAAGACCAAGAGCGGCUGUGGGCUUCGCCCUGCCCGGCUCCAGACCUUCGACGUCCCCAAGAGAUGGUUCUAUCACUUCUAUGUUAUAUCUGUAAUCUGGAAUGGUUUCCUGCUCCUGUUGCUUCUGCAAAGCCUGCUAGCAUCGUGGCCCUUCCCCAUUUGGCUUCAGGAACUGCUCAGCAUUCUUGAUGGAGUAUUACAUUACCAAGAUGGAGGCAUGCUUGCUUCUGCGAAUGGUGGUGAAUCCCUGUCUGCUUUCCUGGUAUGCCUUUUUGUCUGGUUAAAUAGCUGUAGGCGAUUACGCGAGUGUCUUCAUAUCAGCGUAUUCUCUGGAGGUGUCAUUCAUAUCGUACAGUACUGCUUUGGACUCUGUUACUAUGUUCUGGUGGGCUUAACAGUUUUAUGUCAAGUGCCAGCCAAUGUCCGGGAAGGCAAAGAUCCACAACUAGCAGUCCAUUGGUAUCAUGCUGUAGGACUCUUGAUGUUCAUUUGGGCCUCUUUUCAUCAACAUAGAUGCCAUGUGAUUCUAGCUAAUCUUAGAAAAAAUAAAUCAGGAAAAGUUGUGAACUUGGACCACAGCAUUCCAUUUGGCGAUUGGUUUGAAAUGGUCUCUUGUCCUCAUUACUUUGCUGAACUCUUGAUAUACAUCUCAAUGGCCAUCAUCUUUGGAUGUACAAAUUUAACUUGGUGGUUGGUAGUGAUGUAUGUCUUCUUUAACCAGGCAGUGAGUGCUGUUUUGUGUCAUGAAUACUACCAGAGCAACUUUAAACAUUAUCCCAAGUAUAGGAAAGCAUACAUACCCUUCCUCCUUUAGCCUGCUCAUUUGGGAUAAUUUGAAAUUCCCAUCCAAAAGAACAUGGAAAGAGGUUUUCUAUGGACAAUGGUUUAUAUAUCAUUUGGGAUCUUUGUGUGAAAUCAGAUUUUUGCAGAUGGAUAUGAAAUGCCUAAUUCUUUUUUUAAUAGGCAGUCCUGUUCUAUACAUGAAAGCAAGAAAUAGUAAUAGCAUUAAGGAGAAGCACAACACAUUCCUAAUGCAUGUUUUUUCAGGAACAGUUUCCAAUGCAUUGGGUAGAGUACUUCUACAAAACAAAAGUAUAUAUGAGACUAUUGGCAUUAACUGCAUCUCACAUACACCUCUUUGACAGAAAGUAAUGCUAACCAAAGUGGGACUUAUUUUUGCAUAAACUGUGCUCUUAAUCAAUACAUUCUGGAGGAAGUAAGAUUACUAUUUUGUUGGAAUUCUAAAGCCAUUUUUUCUAUGUAUAGCCCCAUUAAAAGGGAAUUAUUUGCAUAGCUAGAAUGAACAAAACGUAAUAUAUGAAUGGAUUGAAUUCACAUAUUUUUAGACUCUAGUUUGCGCAGGACACAGAUAAAAAUGAAAUCUCUGUAUCUUCAGUCUGAUUCACACAAGAAUGUGCUUGACUUCAGUAAUGAAAUUACAGAAAAUGUAAUGGACAGUUUCAUGUAUGAAUGAGGUGUGCUGAAAUCAACUUGGUUUUGAGGGAGAAUGAAAGCAA